AAAUCUUUAAAAUAGUCUCCUUUUUCAUUAUUUUCAUUAUGUUUUGACAACAUUUAUCUUGUUAUUAUUAUUUGUCAGCUUACUUUUAGAGGCUUUCAUCGUCAACAUAGCAACUUCAGCUAUCAGUGACAGUGUGUAUGUAAACCCCCAAAUAAAAACAUAUCAAGUUUGAAACUCCACCACUAAAACCAAAAUGAUGACUUUACAAAAUUUCACUUUUUUUCCCUCUUUCUCUUUCUUCAUAAACCUAAAUGGCUUCCUCUGAGAAAAAGCGUCCUUUAAUAGACGAAAAUACGAAUGAAACAGUAUCCUCUAUACCUUCAAGACCACCUCUCAAAAAGAGAUUUACAAGCUCAAUGAACGUACAGCAAGCAACUAGUCAAGUGAAUACCUUACCUGUUAUUCAUACACCCACGACUACGACUACGACUACUACUGUUAUUGCUACUUCUAGUACUAGUACUAAUACUAGUGAUACUCCAAUGGAACCAUUAGGUCGUAUAGACAAGUUUCCUAUGGCUAAUAUAGAAUUUCCUAUUGAUUCUUCUACUUUUACAAAAGACGCUUUAUUAACCCAUAUGCGUUCUGCUAAAGAAGAAGCCAAUUAUUUGGAACAAAAACAUGAUGCGCUUGAACAAUCAUUUAUCAACAAAGAAGCAACUCAAAGCCUAUUACGAAUUGAAUGGAAUCUUAUUCAAUCUGAAAUUCUAUUCAUGGCUAAAAUAUUGGUCAAUCUUGAUUUGCCUGAACCUUCUGUUCCUUUAUCAGCAAAAAUGACGUUGGAAGAACAAAAAGACUGGUGCUAUAACAGUUUGUUAACCAUCAAAGAGCUUGGAACUAAAGCACUGACAAGGCUAGAAAGCUGGAGCAAACAAGCAGAACUGAUUGAAAGAAGAUUUCGUUUAGAGGAUGACAUCAUGCUUAAGCGAGUCAUCAUCUCUGAUUGGCUUAAAAAUGAAAUUGUCGAUCUUGAACAGUGCUAUAAACGAGGCGAACUGGUCAUGACAGAAUUACAGCAAAGAUUGCAACAUUUAGAAGAUGAAACAAGAGCAGCAGAAGGAAAUGUCGUUUUGGCAAAAGAACAAUUAGCUGAAACUACUGAAAAAUUAGAAAAUUGUAUCCAAGAACUAUCGGCGGUUUGCAGAAGAAAGGAUCGUGCAAAGAGCAAAACGGUAGCAGCAUUAACUAUGGGCGGUUUAGGAGGAAUGACUGAUAGUGGGCCUAGUACAGCAACUGAUGACCAGCCUGCAUCAUCUUCUGUAAAAAAGGAAAAACAAGAGGCAACACUAGAGGGCCCUGCUGAAGAGCAAUCAGUCAAGACACAAUUAGAAGAGCAUAGACUUAUUCUGUCAGCAAGAGAGAAAGAAAUUGAUGAUUUGAAAAAAGAUCGCCAAAACCUACUGCAAGAUGAAGACAGGUUAUUGUCCAUGUUUAAGUUGAGCGAAGAACGACUACUGGAGACUGAGUAUGUCAAAACACUACAGCUCUCUAUCGAUCAUUACAAAAAUCGAUGUCAUGAUUUAGAGCAAAAAAGGGUAGAACUGGAACGUGAACUGGAUAAGAUGUCUGCUGCCAGAAAGCAACUGAUAGAACAAGUAAAGUCUGAAAAGGUAUCACAGGGAAUGACCAUGGAAUCUGAGAUACGCAGGAUGGAAGGAGAUCUCAAUCGUAUUCGUGGACAAAGGGACAGCUUUCAGGCGUUAGUAGAAGAACAAAAAAUAAAGGAGACAAGGGAAAAAGAAGGAUACGACAAGAUCAUUUCAUUUGCAACCCAGGGAAAAACUCGAAUCGCAUCCUUAGAAAACCGAAUCGAUAAAUUAAAAAAUGAUCAAGAAAUGGCUGGCCCAUUUGAAAAAGAAGCAAAUAUGUAUAAUAGUUUAAAGAAGCAGCUAAGCCAUAUGGAGAUACUACUAUCAAGCUUACAGCUAAUGGAGAAAAAAGAAACACAAGAGAGUCAUUUCGAUAUCAAAGCAAUGCAACAGGCUUUGGAGAAAUGGAGCUCGCAUUCAUUAGUGAAGCAAUAUGAUCAGAUUUAUGAAGAUUCUCAAAAGUCUGCAUUAAUGGUAGACUUUUUGGAAAAGAACGAGAGUCAUCUGUUAGAAGAGAUCGAUCGUGUAGCCAGUAUUUAUGGAAAGUUAGAAGAACAACAAAGCAAAAAGGUGUUUGAUUUUGCUCAAAAGCGUGAUCAAAUGCUUAAACUACAGGCAGAGAUAUUAAAAUAUGCCCAAACAUUUGGAUCUCUACUGUCAGCAAAAGAGAAACAAAUGUCUACUGUUUUAUCUUUAAAGGCCACAAGAGAAAAACAGCAGGAAUUGAUCAAACAACUUGAAGAAAAAGAAAAGAAUUUAGAAAUACAAGUGAUUGAAAAAGAAAAUGAACUUAGAAAGCUAAAUAGGAACAUAGAAGAAGAUAGAAUCGAUUUAGAGGAUAUUUCACACGUAUGCGAUGAUUAUAGAGUGACUAUAGAUCAAAACGAAGUAUUACUAACGGAGCUUCAAAAAAUACUAAAAGAUAAAAUGAAGCUAAUGGAAGAAGAAAAGCAAUUACAAGAAGAGGUUAGAGAAAACUAUGAAAAGAUGAAGAAAAAAUGGGAAAAGAUGUCUCAAGGUGAUAAUUCAGCGGAGCAGCAAUUAGCAGAAGAAUGUGAUGAACUUAGGGCACUUCUAAAAUGUAACACAUGUCGUACACGGUUUAGAAGUCAUAUUCUCAUACGGUGUAUGCAUACAUUCUGCAAGAGUUGUAUCGAUGCUCGAUUAGAGACUAGACAAAGACGAUGUCCUACUUGUAGCGAACCUUUUGGAGCAAAUGAUGUACGAAGCUUUUAUCUGUAAUCAUUUUAUUGUAUAAUCCAUUGCAUGUAUUUACACACUACACUUGUGCAUUUUUUUUUUUCUGUGUUUUCCUUUUUUUUUCCCUCUCUCUUUAUACACAUAUAUAGUACAUAAUAAAUAUUACCCUUUCGAAUGUAUAUCCUUUUGAUGUAACCUAAAGUAGUAAAUUAUGC